AUGCCCGACGUCAAGACCCGGCAGUAUGUGCGCACGCAAAUCAGGUCGUCGCCCGUGUUUCGCCAUCCGUCACCGCUCUUGCCGGACGAAGAAGACCAUCUUCUGGAGCUUGCUCAGCGCACGUUCGACACGUUCCUCGCUGUCGCAGGCUCGGGCGCGACGCGGGAAGCGCGGAGCGUCUGCUACCAUGACUCGGCAACCGUAGCCGCGGACCUUUCUGAGGUCGAGUCGGUCCUUGCCAACCUCACGGACGUGCACAUUACGGACGCCAUGGACGGGUACGCGGGUGGUCUUCUGGGCUCGACGAUCCUUCACGUCGUCGCUUCGACACCCGAGAUGCACGUUGUUGUGCGCUGGUUUGCGUGCGAGUGCUCAGCGCUCGUGCACCACCGCGACUUUUGUGUCCUCGAGAUGCAAAAGCAUCUCACGUUGCCCUCUGGCCACAAGGCGUGGGCACUCGCACAGCACUCGGUGCGCAUUCCUAGCUGCCCCGACCUCAAACACGCCCUCAACUUUGUACGCGGGUCGCUCUACCACUCGGGGGUCCUGGUGUCCGAAACCGACACGCCCGGGCGCCUCGACGUGUACCAGCGCUUUGAAUUUGAUCUCAAGGGCACAGCGCCGCGCUGGCUGGCCAAGCACACGAUUAAAGCUGCGGCACUCGACUUUACAAAGAUCGAAGCGCACAUUCGCGAUCUGCGACGCCAAGAAACGGCACUCUCGACGUUUCAAAGCAUGACGCCAACAGAGACGUGUGCCGAGUGCUCACUCUGUGCGACGAAAUUCCAUGUUCUCAUGAAGAAGAUCAACUGCCACCUUUGCGGCCAGGUCGUCUGCAGCAAGUGCCACUCGGCCAAGCGCCAGGGCUGCGUCGCUUGCAUUGAAGACCCCUUUGACAUGGUCGACGAUCUCACAGCGUCCUCUUCGCGCCGCGACUACGCCCCUGCGCUGGCCAUGGAGUCGUCCAAGUCGAUGCUAGACGCCAUGACGUCGAGCUUGCGGAGCGAAGACUUGACACCGGACUUGGCCGACUUUACCUUGAGCACGACGUAUUUAACCGCUUCCGGCGUUUCGACGAGUCGACUGUCCGACUCGACGCGGACACUCGACCUCAAGCACACGUUGGCGACCGAGCCCCACGAGCUCGCGAUCGAGCCCCGCGCGAGCUUUCGGCACACAUGGCUGGGCAAAAAACUAUUGCGCUGA